AAAGUAAUUAAGACAAAGUCCCUGCCGUCUAACAACUACCCAACUUGCUUCGAGAAGGCAAUGAAUGAAAGCGUUUAAUCAAUCCGCCCGCGUUUAAACGUCACCUUCCAAGGAAAAAUCACAAUUAAUUUUCUAAAGAGUUAGCUCAUCCAAUUUUUCUUCUUUCUUAAGUAAUCCAUUGAAAUUUCCAUGCAAUUUCAGUUUUGAUCCCACCACUGAGAUUUCAUUUGAGAGUUUCCUGCAUCACUCCACAAACAGCUGCGUAUUUUCUGCACCUGAAUUUGUUUUCUGGUUAUUUCGAAAUCGGUGCUGGAUUUAAUUUCAUCUUAUUUUCAACCGAAUAUAAAUGGGGCAGAAGCAAUCAAAAGAUGAAUUAUUGUAUCAGCAAGCAAAAUCUGGAAAUAUUGAAGGCGUCAAAGCGCUCCAUAGAGAUGGCGCCGGCCUUGAGUGGAUUGAUAAAGAGGGGAAGACUCCACUCAUUGCAGCUUGUAUGAAUCUGCAGCUUUGUGGUGUAGCCAAAACUUUAAUUGAAUUGGGUGCUAACGUAAAUGCCUACCGUCCAGGUCAACAUAAUGGGACACCCCUACAUCACGCUGCAAGAAGAGGCCUCGAGCAUACCGUGAAGUUACUUCUUUCACAUGGAGCAAAUGCACUACAAAUGAAUGAUAAUGGUCAAACCCCUCUCGAUGUUGCUAGAGCCAAGGGGCAUGCUAGUGUUGUCAGAGCAAUAGAGGAGCAUGUAUGCUUAUUCUCUGGUUGGCUGCGGGAACUUUAUGGACCAGGCUUUCUCGAACUUCUGGCUCCACAGUUGCUUUCAAGAAAAGUAUGGGUGGUUAUUUUGCCUAUUGCUACCCGCAAACUGCAGAAAUCUUUCAAGUUGGAGCUCGUGAUAUACUCUGGUUCACAGGAUGGCCAGCCACGUAUGAUUGUUCCACUAUGGAAGGCCAAGUUAGAGGAACCCAAUUUUAGCCAGCCUGAUCCUGUGGCUAUCAUAUCUAAUAUUGCAAGAAUCCCGAAACGUUGGAGGAGAAAGCGAGCAAUUAAGCCCUGCCAAGUGCCGAAGUGUUCGCGGAUCAAACUUGCACCUUUUCACGAAAGUGAAACACAACACCUGCAACGCUUUUGCAAUGCUUGCAAAGGAAUUCCUCAGAAGCAGGCGACAUGUCCCGUUGUCCCUUGUGCUCCGGCUGUUUCUCCUUUCAACAACCAAGUCCCUUCUGCUCCGGCUGUUUCGCUCCCAACAUUUGAAGACGAAGAACUAGCUAGGGCGAUAAAGGCUUCCCUUCAAUCGGCCUCACACGGAAGCCCACCACCGAUUGACACGUACGCUGGAUUUGUUAAAUAUCCAUCUGCAAGUCCAGCCACCACCGUAAAUAUUUCCAAUCACGAAAAGAGUUACACCAGCGAGGCUUCUGCUAGCCACUCGGUGGCAUAUAAUAAAAAAUUCGAAGACGUUGCAUAUCCAUCAAACGACAUGAGCCCCGUCGGCUCAUCUUCUCCCUCUGUGGCGGAUACAUCCAGCAGCAGCGGGCAAGAAAAUGGCGAAGAUGACUCGUCCUCGUCUUGCACAAUAUGCCUGGAUGCUCCGGUGGAGGGAGCUUGCAUUCCAUGCGGCCACAUGGCGGGAUGCAUGUCGUGUUUGAACGAAAUCAAGGGCAAGGAGUUGGCCUGCCCUGUUUGCCGCACCAAGAUUGAUCAGGUCGUACGGAUCUACGCUGUCUAGCCUACUGAAGAAGCCCGUGCCCGUGCCGGUGAGUUUUCACAUCAGUUGGUGUCUUUCAAUUAUUGGAACAAUAGUAUUUAAAAUAAAAGGGUGAAAAUGUAUAGAAUCAAGAUGCUUAUGAAAUCUACUUGAAAAGCUUCUACUCAUAAAAUGGAAAGCUGCAUAAUGGGAGUAAAUCACAUGUACUUGAGAUUUAUUUUAAUUCUUGGUAACUCAAUGAUGAGUUCACAAUGUCAUGAAGCAAAAAUAGAAAGAUACAUUUAUGCAGUGAAAUUUUUUCAUAUGAAAAGUGCUUGAUUUACAUGCA